AUGUCUAGUCUAAAGGGUUGCAUUCUGUCAAGGGCAAUGUCACAACCAGCCGUUGACGGAAAUUACCUCGUACAUAAUAUAAAGAAGAAAAAAUCUCCUCAAUUUGAAGAUUAUCUCAACCAACGGGACUAUGUGGGAGCCAUAACAUUGUUGGAGUUUGAGCACAACACAAGUGAGAAGGGAUUGGAUGCCGACCUAUGGCUGGCCUACUGUGCUUUCCAUCUGGGGGACUACAAGAGAGCCUUGAAGAAAUACAAAGCCAUGAUAAUGAAACCAGAGUGUCCUUCGGAUGUUUGGAUCUAUCUCGCCUGCACCUUCUUCUACUUGGGACUUUACAAGGAGGCUGAGGAGGCUGCUCUCAAAGCCCCUCAAAGCCAGCUGCAGAAUCGUCUGCUGUUCCACCUUGCACACAAGUUCAAAGAUGAUAAUAUGCUGAUGGGCUUCCACUGUAAAAUGAUGAAUGCGAUUGAAGACCAGAUGAGCCUGGCCUCCUUACACUACAUGCGCUGCCAUUUCCAGGAGGCCAUUCAUAUCUGCAAGCAAAUCUUGCUAGAGAACAAAGACUAUCUGGCCAUAUAUUUGUACUUGGCUCUUUGCUACUACAAAAUGGAAUACUACGAAAUAUCCCAGCAAUUGGUGGCCAACUAUUUGCAGAGAUUCCCACAUUCUCUCAUUGCCUGCAACCUUGAUGCCUGUAUUCUCUUCAGACUGUAUGGUGGAAAAGCAGCAGCGGCUAAACUGAGGCACUUCUUAGACAUGUCUUCCAACUAUGAAUCUGACACAACCUGGUUAAUCCGACACAACCUGGCAUUGUUUGGAGGGUGGGAGACAGAUAUGCAAGUGCUUCCUAGCCUGGUAGAUAUUAUACCAGAGGCUCGGCUCAACCUAGCAAUCUGCUAUCUCUUACAAGGCGAGGUGCAGAUGUCCUUCUCUCUGAUUAAGGACUUGGAACUCAACAUGCCACUGGAAUAUAUCUUGAAGGGAGUUGUGAAUUUGGUGCUGGGACAAAAGAUUAAGUCAUGGGAUCAUAUCAGAGCAGCUCAGCAGCUUUUCCAUUUUAUUGGCAGUUCGGCUCAUGAAUGUGACACCACUGCUGGAAGACAGUGCUUGGCCUCCUCCUUUUUCCUGCAAGGGCAGUUUAUGGCUUCGCUCAUCUACCUCAGCUCUAUCAAGAUCUACUUCUUCAACGAUGACACCUUCAACUUCAACUAUGCUCAAGCCAAAGCUGCAGUUGGUGACUACAGGGAAGCAGAGACGGCCUUCCUGCAGAUUCGGAGUGAUGAUCUCAAGUGUGACUGGGUGUACCUCAGCUGGCUGGCACGCUGCUAUAUCAUGAACAGCAAGGCUAACCUGGCCUGGGACCUCUACCUGAGGAUGGAGACCUCAGCCAACUCCUACCUCCUCCUGCAGCUCAUUGCCAAUGAUUGCUACAAGAUGGGGCAGUUUUUCUUUGCAGCAUUGGCUUUUGAUAUUCUUGAAAGAGGAAACCCAAUCCCUCUUUACUGGGAGGGAAAAAGAGGCGCAUGUGUGGGUGUGUUUCAGCUCAUCAUAGCUCGACAAGAAUCAAGUCAGAUGUUAAAGAAAGUGCUGUGCCUGUUAAGGGGCCGAGAGCACCAGCACCCUGAGGUAGCAUACAUCAUCAAGAUUAUGCUCAAGUGGGCCAAUGACAACAGGAUGGCUCUGUGAUGAUGUCAUUACUCACUCAAGGACUGGAGCACAGAGCUGGACAAAACAAAAAGAAAAACUCCCUCAUCAUACCACAAUUCUCUCAUGCGCAUUCACCAAGUGAUGGUGUUUCCAGGGAAUAAGCCUAUUUCAUAUG